AUGACUCAUAAAGAGUAUAUAAGAUCGGAAGUUAAAGGAGAAGAAGAUAAAGUCUUGAGAUUAAAGAAAGUUCUUUAUGGAUUGAAACAAGCUCUGAGAGCUUGGAAUGUUCGGAUUGACAAGUACUUUAAAGAAGCAAAUUUCAUCAAGUGUCCAUAUGAGCAUGCACUCUAUAUCAAAGCUCAAGGUAAAGAUAUUUUGAUUGUAUGCUUGUAUGUCGAUGACUUGAUCUUUACAGGGAACAAUCCAAGCAUGUUUGAGGAAUUCAAGAAGGAUAUGACCAAGGAGUUUGAAAUGACCGACAUGGGGCUUAUGGCAUAUUAUCUCGGAAUUGAAGUAAAGCAAGGAAACGAAGGAAUUUUUAUUACUCAAGAAAGCUAUGCUAAAGACCUCCUCAAGAAGUUCAAGUUGGAUGAUGCUAAUCCAGUUGGCACUCCUAUGGAAUGCGGCAUCAAGUUGAGUAAGGAUGAAGAGGGAGAAAAGGUGGAUCCAACCCUCUAUAAAAGUCUUGUUGGAAGUUUGCGCUAUUUAACUUGUACAAGACCAGACAUUCUCUAUGCCGUUGGAGUCGUGAGUCGGUACAUGGAAGCUCCAACAACUACUCACCUCAAGACUGCGAAGAGGAUUCUUCGAUAUAUCAAAGGUACGACAAGCUUUGGCCUAUACUACUCAAAUUCUAACGAUUACAAGCUUGUUGGAUAUAGUGAUAGCGAUUGGAGUGGAGAUAUGGAUGACCGAAAGAGCACAAGUGGAUUUGUGUUCUACAUGGGAGACACAGCCUUUACUUGGAUGUCCAAGAAGCAGCCUAUUGUCACUUUGUCUACAUGUGAAGCAGAGUAUGUAGCUGCAACUUCAUGCGUUUGCCAUGCUAUUUGGCUACGCAACCUAUUGAAGGAGUUAAGCUUGCCACAAGUGGAGCCAACAAAGAUUUACGUGGACAACAAGUCGGCAAUAGCAUUAGCAAAAAACCCAGUCUUCCAUGAUCGAAGUAAGCACAUCCACACCCGUUACCAUUACAUUAGAGAAUGCAUCAGCAACAAGGAUGUGCAAAUGGAAUAUGUGAAGACGCAUGAUCAGGUAGCAGAUAUCUUCACCAAACCGCUGAAGAAAGAAGUCUUUAUGAAGUUGAGAAGUUUGCUUGGAGUACAAAAUCAAGUUUAA